CACCCGCACGACUGCAGCGCCGAAGGGCUGUCUCUCUGUCCCAGCACCGCCAACCUGCUGGCUGGCUAAACGUCCUGACUGAGUGACAGCUAGCAGCCUCCGCCCAAGACAGAACCGCGACAGCCAGGCUGACUUCUUCCAGCUCCUACCUGCCACCGGGGGCUGCAGGAAUGACCGACAGUAUCCCCCUACAACCCGUCAGACGACAAAAGAGACACGACAGUAAACACAGGAAUGGGUGCUGCCCGUGGUCAAGAUGCUGUGGCAUGGGGGACUUCCGUCCCCGUACCGUGUGGCUCGGCCACCCAGAGAAGAGGGAGCAGAGGUACCCGAAGAAUGUCAUUAACAACCAGAAGUACAACUUCUUCACCUUCCUUCCUGGGGUGCUGUUUAAUCAGUUUAAGUACUUCUUCAACUUGUACUUUUUGCUACUGUCCUGCUCUCAAUUUGUCAAGGAGUUACGCCUAGGUGCCCUCUACACCUACUGGGUCCCUUUGGGUCUUGUUUUGUUUAUCACCAUCAUGAGAGAGGCAAUUGAAGAGAUAAGAUGCUACCUUCGAGACAAAGAAGUAAACUCUCAGGUUUACAGCAAGCUCUCAACAAGAGGCACCGUGAAGGUUAAAAGCAGCGGCAUUCAAGUGGGCGACCUUAUAAUUGUGGAGAAGAACCAGCGUGUCCCCGCUGACAUGAUCUUUUUAAGGACCUCUGAAAGAAAUGGGUCCUGCUUCCUGCGAACUGACCAGCUGGACGGAGAGACAGACUGGAAACUACGCCUCCCAGUGGCCUGCACUCAAAGGCUGCCAACUGCCGCUGACCUUCUCCAGAUCCGAUCAUAUGUGUACGCAGAAGAGCCAAACAUUGAUAUUCAUAACUUUAUUGGAACUUUCACCAGGGAAGAUGGAGACCCCCCGGUACAUGAAAGCCUCAGCAUUGAGAACACCCUGUGGGCCAGCACGGUUGUUGCUUCUGGCACGGUGGUGGGGGUUGUGAUUUACACAGGGAAGGAGCUGCGGAGUGUCAUGAACACCUCCAACCCACGGCACAAGGUGGGUUUGUUUGACCUGGAGGUGAACUGUUUGACUAAGAUCUUGUUUGGGGCCCUGGUUGUGGUGUCGCUGGUCAUGGUGGCCCUCCAGCACUUCGCGGGCCGUUGGUACCUCCAGAUCUUCCGGUUCUUGCUUCUCUUCUCUCACAUUGUGCCCAUCAGUUUGCGUGUUAACCUGGAUAUGGGAAAAAUGGUUUUCAGCUGGAUGAUCAAGAAAGAUUCCAAGAUACCAGGGACGGUGGUGAGAGCCAGCACCAUACCGGAGCAGCUCGGACGCAUCUCCUACCUGCUUACUGACAAAACAGGAACUCUUACCCAAAAUGAAAUGGUGUUCAGGCGUCUCCAUCUUGGAACUGUGGCCUACGGGUUGGACUCUAUGGAUGAAGUCCAGAGCCAUGUGUUCAGCGCAUACACACAGCCCACCCAUGACCUUCCAGCGUCCAGGGCUCCGGCAGCCACCAAGGUCCGAAAGACCAUCAGCAGCAGAGUUCACGAGGCUGUGAAAGCCAUUGCCCUGGUGCACAACGUGACCCCUGUGUACGAGUCCAACGGUGUGACGGACCAGGCUGAGGCAGAGCAGCACUAUGAAGACACAUGCAGGGUCUACCAGGCUUCCAGCCCAGAUGAGGUGUCACUGGUGCAGUGGACUGAGAGCGUUGGGCUGACUCUGGUGGGAAGAGACCAAUCCUCCAUGCAACUACGGACCCCUACUGGUCAGAUUCUGAACUUCACCAUCCUUCAGAUAUUUCCCUUCACCUACGAGAGCAAAAGGAUGGGGAUUAUAGUGCGAGACGAGUCGACAGGAGAGAUAACUUUCUACAUGAAGGGUGCUGAUGUGGUGAUGGCAGGUAUUGUCCAGUACAAUGACUGGCUGGAAGAGGAGUGUGGAAACAUGGCAAGGGAAGGCCUGAGGGUCCUUGUGGUCUCCAAGAAGUCGCUGACGGAGGAACAGUAUCAGGAUUUUGAGGCGCGGUACGUCCAGGCCAAGCUCAGCGUUCACGACCGCUCCCUGAAAGUGGCCACGGUGAUCGAGAGCCUGGAGAUGGAGAUGGAGUUGUUAUGUCUGACUGGGGUGGAGGACCAGCUCCAGACCGAUGUCAGACCUACCCUGGAGAUCCUCCGCAAUGCAGGCAUCAGGGUUUGGAUGCUGACGGGAGACAAACUGGAAACUGCCACAUGCACUGCUAAGAAUGCUCACUUGAUCACCCGCAACCAGGACAUCCAUGUCUUCAGACAAGUGACAACUCGAGGGGAAGCCCACCUGGAGCUCAACGCUUUCAGGAGAAAACAUGACUGCGCUUUGGUGAUAUCAGGGGAUUCGCUUGAAGUUUGUCUGAAAUAUUAUGAGUAUGAGUUCAUGGAGCUUGCAUGUCAGUGUCCCGCUGUGGUUUGCUGUCGAUGCACCCCCACCCAGAAGGCACAGAUAGUCCGGUUGCUGCAGGAACGCACAGGCAAACUCACCUGUGCAGUCGGGGACGGAGGAAACGAUGUCAGCAUGAUCCAGGAAGCCGACUGUGGCGUGGGAGUGGAGGGAAAAGAAGGAAAGCAAGCCUCUCUGGCCGCCGACUUCUCUGUGACUCAGUUCAAACAUUUGGGUCGCCUCCUCAUGGUCCACGGUCGGAACAGCUACAAAAGAUCUGCAGCCCUCAGCCAGUUUGUCAUCCACAGGAGCCUGUGCAUCAGCACCAUGCAGGCAGUUUUCUCCUCUGUUUUCUACUUUGCCUCAGUCCCGCUCUACCAGGGAUUUCUGAUUAUUGGUUAUUCCACCAUCUACACCAUGUUCCCCGUUUUCUCUCUGGUGUUGGAUAAAGAUGUUAAGUCGGAGGUUGCCAUGCUUUACCCAGAGCUUUAUAAGGACCUGUUGAAGGGUCGACCGCUGUCUUUCAAGACAUUUCUAAUAUGGGUCCUUAUAAGUAUAUAUCAAGGGAGCAUCAUCAUGUACGGAGCCAUGCUGCUGUUUGAGUCGGAGUUUGUCCACAUUGUUGCCAUUUCCUUCACCUCCCUGAUUCUGACCGAGCUGCUGAUGGUGGCUCUGACCGUUCAGACGUGGCAUUGGCUCAUGAUAGUCGGCGAGCUCCUGAGUUUGGCGUGUUACAUCGCUUCGCUUGUCUUCCUGCACGAAUUCAUAGAUGUGUACUUCAUUACCACGGUGUCGUUCCUGUGGAAGGUGACUACCAUCACGCUGGUGAGCUGUCUGCCUCUGUACAUCCUCAAGUAUCUGCGCAGACGCUUCUCUCCACCCAGUUACUCCAAGUUGACCUCCUAAAAAAAUUAAUGAACUCUCUGGCCACGUUGACUGAAAAGAGGAAUCCCUCAUCUUCACCUCUACUAGGGAUCCAAACAUUUGUUCUGAGAAGCCCGUUGGCGUGGACAGAUAGUUUACUAACAGGGUUUUUCAGUGAGAAAGCAAUGUUUAUUGCUCUGUGUUUGAUGCAUGACUUAUCGAUGGCUUCUCUUGUGUGGCAAGCUCCUGCAGUAAGUGGUGGUUCAGAUUAAAUUGACCUGAUUCAACUAGUUAUAUGAAACAGAUCUAUUGUCAGUGGUCAUGUAUGCAUUAAAAAUGAGACAUGAGGGAAAUAAAAAUUCAAAAACAGUUGCACAGGUUCUACAGACCCACUUCGUUUUAUAAGGGAACAAGAAAAGUGGGGAUUUGGCUCUAAAGUACUGCAUAAAUAACACACCUACUUAUUUUGAGAAAAAGUGAGAUUGGUGUCUAUUUCUCACUCACAAGUUGAUUCACAUUCUCCUCAGACAGCAACUUGUAAUUGAAGGUUUAGAAUUAUAAAGUUGCAAUGGUUUUACAGCCUAGGCUUUGCUAAAACAAGACAUGAUUAAAUAAGCGUAUUUGCUGAUGCGUCACCCCGAAGCUACAGCUCAGCACGGCGGAGGUGGUGUAGCCUCCUAUUUUAGCAUGACCUCUGGUGUCUGAUGUUAAAUCUGUCCCAGCGUCUUUAUUUGGACGUUGACUUGUUGGUGUUUGUGGAGCGUGGUCAGAACACUGGUGGGCUCUAUGCCGGGGGCCCCUCUGUCAGGCUACACGUCGCCGGAGGGCAACACUCAACCUCUAUUGUGGUGGGCCGGCUGCGGCCGCAUUCUCAGCCCUGCAUGAUGACUCACUUUAACGGUGACCCAAAGCCAUAACUGAAAAUACACCAGUGACUGAGCGGCGUCUUGAGGCACAGUCUGCGGAGCCCCAUCUCCUCUAACAUCUGUGAAAUACCGAAAGGGAUCAAGUAAAAAUCUCCAUUAUUAUGUGAAUAUGGUCUCUUAAUUAUUAACACUGCACUUUAACAAAACCUAAUGUGAUGCUACACUCAGAUUUCAUUUCACUCGCGUUGUGAUGAACUGUAAAUAUUUACCACCUAACGGUAACAUGGCCACAUGUAUUUAUUUUGCAAAUUUAAAAAAGGGUAACUAAGCAUGAAACUUUGUACAAACGGUGCCAUAAUGAAUAUUUCUUUUCUGUUUUGCUAUGUUGAACUGGAUUUAUAAUUCAUUUGGAUAAAACCUGAAUUCUUUAAGCUGUUUUUAACUACUCUCUGGAAUAUUGUUUUUUAUGUUGCAACUGAAGUGAAAGCGUUAAUGAUGCUGAUAUAAUUUGCUUGUAUGUGUAAAACCUGUCUUUUAUGUUAUUCUGUUGAAUUCAGUCAUGGGAGCUGAACAAAAAAGGGAGAAAUGUGCUGAUGUCAAUAUUGUGAUGAUUAAUAAUAAAUAUGGGAUUUUUUCAUGUC